CCAACUGUGACUACUGCUACUGCUGGAGGCCGUGCAAUUCUUCAAUCCCGACAUCCCGGACAUCAAAUGUCAGAACCUCAGUCGUCCCUGCUGCUCAAGAAACAACUGGCCGAGCUGAGUAAAAAUCCUGUGGAAGGAUUUUCGGCCGGUUUGAUCGACGACAACGACAUCUUUCGAUGGGAAGUGCUAAUCAUUGGACCUCCGGAUACUCUAUACGAGGGCGGCUUCUUCAAGGCACAUCUACACUUCCCUAAGGAGUACCCGCUAAGACCGCCGCGCAUGAAAUUCGUCACAGAGAUCUGGCACCCGAACAUCGAUCGCAACGGGGACGUUUGCAUCAGCAUUCUGCACGAGCCGGGCGACGAUAAGUGGGGUUACGAGAAGGCGUCCGAACGCUGGCUACCGGUGCACACGGUCGAAACCAUUCUAAUAUCGGUCAUCUCCAUGCUGGCUGACCCGAACGACGAGUCGCCGGCGAACGUGGACGCGGCAAAGGAAUGGCGAGAGGCGUAUCCCGAAUUUAAGCGAAAGGUAGCUCGGUGUGUUCGAAAGAGUCAGGAAGAUUGUUAGUAGCAUUUAUAAUACUUUUUUUUUAAAUUGUCUUAUAUUUAUUAAUUAAUUAUUGUACGAUUA